AUGACUCUGGGGCAACAUCGUGCGAUGAACAACUUCCUGAAUGAGGCUGUCAAAGCCUCUAUGCCUCAACCAGGCUCCAAUCGCAUCCCCUUAUCCUAUGCUCACAAGAAAGAACGAGAUACGUUCUAUGAAAUCUCCAUCAAUGAACUCCCACCAGUUGUCCAGCAUAACAUCCAUCCACGGCAUAAACCUCGAGUGCGGGUGACGACAGAUCAGCGCACCGGUGAGGUCGUGUCCAAGAUCGUGAAGUGCCGAAUUGCAGAUCUAGAUGUCUAUAGUCCCCGAACCCACGUUGAUUGGCGAGUUGCCGACCUUGGCAGCACUCGCGGCCGAGGCGGUAGCGAGAGGACCAAGGAUCGUAUGAGUUAUCGACACCUGGCAUACCAAAUCGAUCUAACCCAGGUAGCAUUAGCAGAGAAUCCUACGAAAGCGGAUUUCGAGCAUGAACUUGAAGUCGAAGUCUCUGCUGCCGAAGUACGGCGACAAGGAGAUCUUGCUCUCGCUGGAGAUCCCAAAAACCAGUAUGAGGACUUGAUCAAGGGAUUUAUUGAUAAUGUGAGGGUGCUUGCCCGGGCAGUGCCCGCCCAAUAA